AUGCUCAGAUUUCGUGUAGAAGGCAGUGAUUUUCGAUAUGAAGAGUUGCAAAAUUAUAUCAAGAAGUUUGAAAAUGCAACAUGUGACAUGAAAACGGUGAAUAUGUGUCACGUAAAUGUUAAAUCCAGAAAAUACGCCAAAUCUAUCGAGAAAAAUAUCGAUGACACGAAACCAUCAUGUUCCCAAAUGUGUGUUGAAAUAGGAGGUACAAAAAAUUUAAUUUAUAUAACUUUAUAUAAUUUGCCGGAUGGGACUACAACAGAGCAAGUGCGUGACUUUUUACAAGAAUUUUCAAUUGGGGAGAUUACUUUAUUAGAGGAUGUGCCUUUAAUCACUAUAAUUACUCCGUCAUAUUCCGAGUCAAAGAAAAUUCCUCAGCAAAUUAUUUUGGAGAAGUUUGGCAAUGCGAAAUUGGUGUUUGAGAGCAUACUGAGUUUGAAGUACAUUUCAAAUACUAUUUGCGACAAGAAAGACGCACAACACAACGAAAAUGCACAACAUGAAAUUCGACAAAUGAAUGAAGAAAGUACACAACAAGAAGUGACACAACAAACACUGCAAUCAAACGAUUCAAACAACACACAAAUGCAAACAACACAAAAAUUGAAAUGCUCUAUUUGUGGGCAACUGGGGCAUACACACCAAAAUUGUACUUGCACAAAACAGCAACAAGAAGAACUUGAAAAGGUGCGACAAGAAAAUUUGAAAGCAAAUGAAGAAGGAAAGACUGAAAAGAUAGAAAAGAAAGAGUCUGGCGUCGUGAGAGAACACCCAGAAAAGACUUCUCAAACCGCUGAUACACAUAAAAAGUCAAUCGAUGUCAAAACGGAAGUACUUGUAAAGGAAAUCCACAAAGAAACAGAAAUUGAACCAAAUAACUUAAAGGAAAUGGUUCGUGAUUUGGUCAAUGAGGUUAAAAGUGAGAUUGAAAAAAAAGAAUUUAGAAUAUAA